AUGAAAAGACGAGGGGAGCUGCUUCUCAUUGCCCCUGAGCUGGGGCGAGACAAAGAUGAUUCGCACACAGAUGAAAAUGUGGCGCUUUAUGUCUUCCCACCUGAUCGUGGCAUCUCUGAACUCCGCGUGAAUGAGGGAUGUGUGGCAGGAACCAAAGUUGAACACGAAGGAUUUUGUCCAAACAAGCUGAGCGCUAAUCUUUGGGUUGAUGCACAAAGCACAUGUGAGAGGGAAUGCGACAUCGAUGAGGACUGUGCUGACUUUGAGAAAUGCUGCACCAAUGUGUGUGGCUUCAACAGUUGUGUUGCUGCUCGUUUCUCUGAUGGCACCCCUGCUCAGCCACAUGAACAGGCUACCUGUGAGGGCUUUAUCUGCAGCCAGCAGGGAGCAACCUGUGACAUAUGGGAUGGACAGCCCAUCUGUAAGUGCCAGGAUCGGUGUGAGAAGGAACCCAACUUCACCUGUGCAUCAGAUGGCCUCACCUAUUUCAACCGCUGCUAUAUGGAUGCAGAAGCCUGCAUCCGGGGGGUGACUCUAACUGUGGUCCCCUGUCGAUUCUACCUCACUGGCCCUCCCACCAGCCCCCUGCCUCAAGACACUACAGUUCACCCAACCCCAACAUCCUCCCAGGAGGAUCCCAUGCCUCCCACGCUGUACUCCAACCCUCACCACCAGUCCAUCUAUGUUGGAGGCACAGUCAACUUCCACUGCGAUGUCAUUGGAGUCCCCAGACCAGAUGUAACAUGGGAAAAGCAAAGUGACAGGCGUGAACGCCUUGUCAUGAGGCCUGAUCAGAUGUAUGGCAAUGUGGUUAUAACCAAUAUUGGACAGCUAGUAAUUUAUAACGCCCAGGUUUGGGAUACCGGCAUCUACACCUGUAUAGCACGGAAUUCUGCAGGAGUUCUUCGCGCAGACUAUCCUCUGUCUGUUAUUCGCCGGUCAGAUGAUGACUUCUCUGAAGAUCCUGAGAUGCCCAUGGGGCGGCCUUUCUCUCCAGCAGAUUGCCUGGCGGAAGUCGACCUGAGUGUGUGCAGUGGAGAGCGUCAUGUUGACUGGUAUUAUGACAGCAAGCUGGGCUCCUGUGUGACCUUUAGCAGUGGUGGAUGCGAAGACAGCCGAAACCGAUUUGAGACUUAUGAAGAGUGUAAAGCCUCUUGCCAGAGAGAAGACAUGGGGAUCUGCUCUCUUCCUGCUGUUCAAGGUCCCUGUAAAGCUUGGGAGGCACGCUGGUCCUGGAAUUCGAUAACAAAACAGUGCCAAGCGUUUGUCUAUGGUGGCUGCCAUGGGAAUGCCAACAACUUCCACACCAAAAAGGAGUGUGAGGCCAACUGCCCGCAACCAAAAAGGAAGCCUUGCAAGACCUGUCGCGUGAAGGGGAAAAUGGUGCCCAGCUUAUGCCGCAGUGACUUUGCUAUUGUGGGCCGACUGACAGAGCUUGUGGAGGAUCUGGACUCUGGGUUAGCCCGUUUUAGCUUGGAAGAAGUCUUGAGGGACGAGAAGAUGGGCUUGACUUUCUUCAAUACCAAACAUUUGGAGGUGACUAUUGCUAAGAUAGACUGGAGCUGUCCCUGUCCCAACAUCACUGUUGAGGAAAACCCUUUGCUGGUGAUUGGUAUGGUGCAGGACGGCAUGGCUAUCAUCCACUCAGACAGCUAUGUAAGAGCCAUAAAUGAACGCAGGCUGAAAAAGCUGCGUGAUGCUCUGGGUAAAAAGGCCUGUGACACCUUACUAUGA